UGAAGACACUCAGCAGCAACAUGGCGGCCGCUCGGUCCGCUGAACGGCCCGGGACCGGGACCGGGACCGGAACCAGGACCAGCAGGUCCCGGUCCGGAGCUGCGAGCGGCCCCGGGGCGAGUCCACCGGAGGACGAGGGGACCAGGGGUCCGGAGGGUCCGGGGGGCAGCCCGCCCGAGGGGGGGGGCAGGAGGAGGAGCGACCCGGAGAGGAGCAGCUGCAGGAGAGAGUUCUUUGUGUGUCCUGCUCUCUUCGCUAAGUCAGCUGACGUUUCCUCAGGAGCCGGCGGGAAACACAAGGGCGUUCUGUCGGACUCGGAGAACGAGGAACCGGUCAGGAGGAUCAGGAACGUCUCCGCCUUCGUCCGGAGAACCAAAGCCUCGGUGGUCGUGGCUGGUGGUGCUCCGAGGAGUCGAAGCUGCACCGACCCGGUGGAGGUGGGAGGAGGGAAGGUGAAGGUCACCGCUCAGCCGGCCGUGAUGGACCAGGUCGGGAUCCGUCACAGCUCCACGGCGGGAAUCCUUCUCUCCUCGGAGAACAGCCGCUCGGCCUCGGCUCCGCCCCCCGCUCCGGAGCGGCGGCUCACCUGGCGAGCGGUGAUCACUUCCUGUUCCUCCACCCCUCUGGUCCUCGCUCUGCCGCGGCCCGAGCGCUCCGUCAGCCCUGAGAGCAACGACAGCAUCUCAGAAGAGCUCAACCACUUCAAGCCCAUCGUCUGCUCGCCGUGCACGCCGCCCAAACGCCUCCCGGACGGCCGUCUGUUGGAACCCACCAUCGUUAAGUCCACGCCUCGGAACCUGACCCGCGGCCUGCAGAAGUCCACCAGCUACGAGGCCAGUCCUGCUGUGCUCCAGAAGUGGAGACAGAUCGAGCUCGAUCGGCAGAAUCUCAAAGUGAACUCCAAGGCCACGCUGACCGGAACCAUCGCAGAGCGCCACAACAAGACCGCCGUCGGCCAGGACGCCGCAAAGACCCAGGCGUCUUCUGCAGGAGACGGGCUGGCGUCCAGCAACAAGAGGAGGCUGCUCUUCGACCCUCCAGCCGGAGACACGGACCCCUUCCAGAAACAGUCCGUGAUGAUCCGGGUCCCUGCAGUCCGCUACAGCAGCGACGCAGCUUUCAGAGGAAGUUCAGACUUUGAGUCGACAGUCGCUGGUCCGGAGUCCUGCGGCGGGGGGGGGGCGUUCAGCCGAAAACAAUCCUUCUCCCCGUAUUCUAAGAACUCUGGUUUCCAGUCGUGUAAAUUAGUGCCAAAGGACUCGCAGAGUCCCAGGAAAGAGUCUGACAGUACCAUCCACAACCAGUCUACCUCAAGGAGGGGCAGGAAGAGGAAGCAGAAGACCAAGCACCUGGACUCCGACGCCGACAUGAAGAGGGGCCGGCCCGGCAGCCAGGACGCCUUCGACCAGCGCUUCAUCUGCCAGGUCCAGCAGGAGCGGCAGGACCGGGUCCUGGCCCUGAAGCUGCAGAGACAGUUCGACCUGGAGAACCAGACGCUCAACCGCAGGAGGAGCCCCGACACCUACUUCCUGCGAUCCUGGAUGUCCAAUCAGAACCGUAGGAGGCGUGGUCUGAGGAGAUCCCGACGAAUCAACAAGAAGUACUAAAAAGGAUUUGUCUGCUGACUCAGCACAAUGUCAGACAGGAAGUGGUUCAAAUAUGCAAAGUGAUGAGAGGUUUGAUGAGUGUGAAUGUUUUUCAAUCGUCGUCUCAGCAACGACAAUUUUAAUGUCUUGAACAUGUUUUAUUUUCUUUGAACCAGCAAAUCACCAAAAACCGACUCAGUGAGACCAAGGUGAAAAUAACCUUAGAAACACAUCGUCAUGACGACCCCACACAGAUCACUGAUUCAUUUUAUAUUAAACUGAUGCUGAAGCAAUAAUUGAUGGUAACUGAUCAAUGAUCAAUAAACAGUUUAUCAAUUGUCUCCAAUGUUCCAUCAAACAGACGUCGCUUAAAGACAGAAACAUUUUAACUGUUGAUCACCUGCACGUUAUAUUUCAUCAGCUUCAUGGAAACAUCGCAGAUGGAAACAUCGCAGAUGGAAACAUCGCAGAUGGUUUGAAAAGAUCAAACUAUCAAAAUCCAAACCUGUGGCUCGUCUGCUGAUGAGUAACAGCAAAGACAACAUGGGCUUCCUGUGUCCAAGAACUGCUAUAGACACAUGGAACAGUAGGGGGCAGUGUAGUUUACGAUCCGAGUGCUGUGUGGCGCCCUCUAUUGGAAUAAUCAUGUAACAUGUAUUACACAGUGUGCAAUCACACUGUAUUACACGUUACGAGGCUCAUCAUUAUGCAGACUCUGCUCUUCUGAUGUUUUCUAAUCAUCACACUUAAAACUGAUCUUAACAAAAACCUGCUGAAUUCAUAUUUAUGUUCCUGGAUCAACGGGCGUCUCUUCUCCCACAAAGAAGUUAAAGUAUUGUGUUACGUUGUUAUCUGGGGGAGGAGCUUCCGUCUGCAGGAGUGUGUGUUUGUUUGUCUGUGUCGCUCUUCACACAAACUGACAAUCGCAUUUAUUAAGUUAUGAAUCGAUAGUGCAGGAUCAUGAAUCUGGAUCAUUCCGGUCACUAACCCUGAUGUCCUGACUGUGCGUCUCAGGUUGUGUGUAGCAGGUGAACUUUGUGCUCACACAACGUGUCUCAUACACUCGACGUAUCAAACAAACUAAACUUCAGUUCUGUUCAGGUCCUAAUAACCUCUGGUCAGUGCUGGUGUUGAUUGUCGAUGUGUGAAGUGCGGCAGGUCAGCGGGACGACUCAGGACAUCGUGGAAACCCGACAGUUCGUGAAUGCAUCUAUUGUAUUAACCAAAUUAACCGACAUGAGCAAGAGUCAGUCAACUAGAGUUCGUUAAUGUUGGUUUAGAUCACUUUGGGUGGAUUGCCAAAUGGUUACUGUAGUCCAGACCAAACCGUUCCACCUGAACGAACUGGAUCAGAGGAGGAGGCGGAGAUUCACCUCAUUACUCUGCAGGAGAGAGAGUCAUGUGACAGGACGAGCGAGCCUCAUUGGUAGUUGUGAUGAAAUAAUUCAGCUAGUUGAGAUUAAAGUAAAGCAGCUGAGUUUGUUUGCGAUGAAUUCAUCAGUUUAUCUGACGACAGAUAAAGUGGAGCCGAGGGAACAACUUUGUAAAGAAAUGUCAAAACAAACCAAAUGUAAUGAGUUGUUUUACAGUGUAAUGUGAUCACAUGACUUCAGCUGCCUCCUGUUUCUGAGUGACAUGCAUAUUUGAUGACUGAUGAUUGACAGUCUGUGUGUCUGCUGGAGCUGAAGGGCUUUUUCUCCCCUGAUGACACUGAUAUGCACAUUUUCUACAGUAGGUGUGAAGCUUGGAUGGCUGAGUUGAUGCAGUGUUUUCAUGCCGAGUGCCAAAUCACCACAGACGGAUGGACCAUGUUUCUAUCGUGAUUCACUAGUUUUAUAUGACGGCGAGGAGGAGACCAAGAGAAACUAAAUGACCUGAGACCA